GCAGCGAGGAAGUGCCACCGCCUCGGUGCUCCCUCCCUCCCAUUCUCUCCGGGUGUGUGAGCGUGUGAUCCCCCUCGGUCCCUCGCGAGCUCUUGCUGGGCAGUCCGCUGCCGGACGCUGACCGGAUCCCCCCUUCCUCACCCCGUCCUGGUCCUCCUCGGUCCCUCCGCCCUUUCCUCCUCCCGGAGUCUCCCCCUUCACGUACCCCGGCUUCCCCGUAACCACACUCGCACGCACUCACACACACAGCCACGCUCUGACGCGGACCUCUCCUGUCCCCACGCGCGCCCAUCAUGUCCAAGGACGAUAAGAAAGACGAGCAGGAGGACAGUUGGAGGAACUUCAUUUACAACUCAGAGACCAGCGAGUUCUUGGGGCGGACCGUGGAGAGCUGGAGUUUGAUCCUUCUCUUCUACCUGGUCUUCUAUGGCUUCCUUGCUGCUCUCUUCUCCUUCAUGAUGUGGGUGAUGCUGCAGACACUGAAUGAGGAAACACCAAAGUACCGGGACCUGAUCUCCUCCCCAGGGCUUUCAAUUGUCCCCAGACCAACGAAUGCAUUGGAGAUCUUGGUCAAUACCUCUGAAAAAACCUCCUAUGAACAUUAUGUUACCGCAGUUGGACACUUUUUAAAGAGAUAUGAAGACAGUAUGCAAGAAAAAAACUUAGACUGUGAAAGUGGAAUCUUUUUUGAACAAAAGAGCAAGUCUAAACUGGCUUGUAAAUUUUCUCUUAAAUUACUUGAACUCUGCUCUGGAAUGAAUGACACCAGUUUUGGCUUUGAUGAAGGAAGUCCUUGUAUAAUUUUGAAAAUGAAUCGAAUAAUCGGAUUAAAACCUGAAGGAAAUCCAUAUAUACAGUGUAGUGUUAAGGAAGAAAAUGUGACGCUAAGAACUUUCCCACAAACUGGAAAGCUUGACUUAAUGUAUUUUCCAUAUUAUGGGAAAAAAAUGCAGAAGGACUACCUGCAGCCGCUGGUCGCUCUCAAGGUCUCGUUUGAGGACGGCUCCGAGGAGGCGAGCAUAGAGUGCAAGGUGGAAGGGUCGCCCAACCUGAAGAACGAGGAUGAACGGGACAAGUUCUUGGGCCACAUCGCCUUCAAAGUCAUGCUGGCUCACUAGGCUGAGCAGCCCACCUCCACAGAGUUAUCGUUGUGUUGUCUAUCUUCAUUUCGUAUCUGCGGGACCUGCCAUUCUAGAAUUGGAAACCACGUGGGAGAAGUCUAGGGUGGUACAGGACGUUGGGGGUAGCAUAAUAAUGGGCUUCCAGAUUCUGAGUGUAAUGUCCUCCGAGUAACUGCCUUUGCCUUUGCCUGCCCCAUUGGACCAGUGUGCAGACAUAGACAUGUCAUAUUAGGGACCUGUAAAUAGCUGAUUCUAAACGUCUAAUAAUGGUGGUCUUGUCCUGUUCUAAUGUGGUUUUAUCUCCAAGUGUCUAUAAAGCUUAAUGUGCUGUGCUAUGUAAAUAUUGUAUUGAUUUAACACUGGUUUAACUGUCAUUAUCUCAAUGCCAACACAUCUUUAGGGAUCAAAUGAUAAAAAAGGUACCUGACCCACCUACAGUGAUUUAUAACUCUGCAAGAAUUGUGACGUGUGGAGACGCCUUAAGUUCUGUGUGUGAGGAGGAAGAUAAAUAAAAAUGGAUUUUAAACGUG